AAUCGCAAGAACGGAAGAAUAGAAGAAAGAAAUUGGGGUUUCUGGACAGUGCCUCUGCAGAGUGACAACACUAGAGUGGCUGCAAUCUGCAAUCUGCAAUGGUUUCGUUAUCAACAUGGUGUCGCUACAUUGCCCACAAGCUCGAAUACUCCGUUUCCCUCAGCUGGAAGAACUAUAAAGGAGGUCAAAUUACAGACAGAGAGGUAGGUGAUGUUGUUUGGAAAAACUUCUUUCGAGGAAGGAUGACAUACUUGCACUGGAACAAUGGAGAGGAGAUGACCCCUACUAUUGCUGGAAACGGAGCAACUCUGCUUGUUCGGAAAUUACCAACUGCAGACCCAACGCGAGUUUUUGUAGGAGAUGUUGUUGUUUUAAAGGACCCUGAGAAGCCAGACAACCACUUAGUCAGAAGAUUAGCUGCAAUUGAAGGCUAUGAAAUGGUUUCUGCUGAUGAAAAGGAUGAACCCUUUACUCUUGAGAAGGAUCAAUGCUGGGUAGUGGCUGAAAAUGAAAAAUUGAAAGCUAAGGAAGCAAAUGAUAGUCGAACAUUUGGCCCAGUUCAAAUGACAAACAUUGUAGGCAGAGUCAUAUAUUGCCUGCGAACUGCAGUAGACCAUGGCCGUGUACAGAACAGUCAUUUCGGCAUGCGAAAGGACACACCAGUGUUGGAAGUAGAACUUGAUGUUGAUGAGAUGGCAAAGAAUCACAAAGCCUAAACUUCUGUCCUGAGAAGCACUAACUUGUUUAGUUUUGUUAUGCCUUGGUUUCUUCUUGUGGAUUUUCCUUGAAGCACAAAUGAAGAAUAAAAUACAUGAUAUUUAAAUUGUUGCAAUGGGAUGGUGGUGUUAUGUGGAAGUCCUUAGCUCUGCAUAUAAGACGAUUGGCACUUUCUUCCCAACCGCAAAAUUUGAAGCAACCUGUGUUAAAGCUUGACUUCAACAUUAUUGUGAGCUGAAGUUCUAGCUAGGACUCCUCUGCGUAUUGUUAUAUUUGUAAGUCAUUCAUUUGGCUCUAAACUUUGACCAAUUUUUGGUUAGCUUGUCAAUGGUCGAGGAUGAUCAAAUGCUGCAUUGUCAGAAAAUAUUGUUCCAGAUAUUUCCAUUUUCUUCGCUGCUCAGUGAUAAAAAGUUGUGAAGUCGCUAGUGCCACUAGAAAAAAUUCCCCAAGAGUUCACUUGCCAUUUUUUUAUUUCUGAGGUGAUGAAUAAUCCUUGAUUUUUAUUUUCUUUAGUCUGUUGAGUUAGUUGAAUCACACUUGCACACAUUCUUGCUUUUACUAAAAUUUAUUUGUUUUUCUUUU